UUUCUAUUCAGACUUGUAUUGCAACUUGUUGUGAGAGCAGGCAGGCGGUUGUGGUCUCUGGUUCAAGAAACAAGGCUAACGUUAUUCUGAUGCAUGAUAUCUUCCGGCAAAACAGGGUUUGAAAUGAAAGCGAUUGCAUUUGUGACACUUCUGUUCCUCGCAUGUGGCCUGGCGACCCCCUUCUACCUCAAACCAUGGAGCGAGGUUACUCUGACUCUGCACUGGCCACAAACAUUCUGUAAUAUGGAACACUGCAGCCCACACCUCGACUACUGGACUUUGCAUGGACUGUGGCCAAAUGCAGGCAUGAAUUGUAACAACACAUGGAAAUUCAAUAUAAGUGAAGUACAGGACCUGAAGGCAGAUAUGGAAAAAUACUGGCCAAAUCUUCUGCAUCCAACCUCUAUUCAGUUUUGGAGUUACGAAUGGCAUAAACAUGGAACGUGUGCUGCCUCAGUGGAGUCCCUCAACAGUCAGCAUAAAUACUUCAGCAAAGCUCUUGAACUCUACAAACGGUUUGACCUCACUAAAACCCUGAAAAAUGCUGGCAUUGAGCCUUCAGAGCAGAAUUACCAGUUUGAUGACAUUGAACGUUGCAUUUGGCAGCAUUUUGGUGCCCAACCAAAGAUUCAGUGUGUUAAAUCAACCAAGGGUGAGAAUGUUCAGGAAUUGGGCCAGGUUGAGAUCUGCUUGAACACUGACUUCAUGCCCGUUGCCUGCAAGAAGUCAAAGGAAGACCUGUGGAGCAGAGUCAACGAGCUUCUCCUGAACCGCUUCAGUGCGCCCUCACCAUUCCAAGUGUGUGACUUUGGCACGCCUGUGCACUAUCCAAUGGUCAAGGAGAACAAAACAGGACAUUGAAGUUCCUCUUUUUUAAGGGCUAAUGUCGAAACACUGGUUCAGAGGGUUUGACGUAUUCACUGUUGUGUGUCUGACUGAGCUUAAUUGUGGUUUUUGGUGGUAAAAAAUCACGAGCUUACCUCCUUUGUUUAAAUUGCUGUGCUGGUCAGUAAUCACGAGCAGUGUCUUAUUCUCGCUUUCUAUCUUUGGACCCCAACUUAAUUGAUGGGCGGAGUGCAAACUUUUAUAUCUAGCUAAAGAUAAUUUGAUAACUAGGCUAAAUACAUUUUUAAGGGCUAAUGGACGGCACGGCAUUUGGGUAUCAGAAGAUAGUGGAUGUCCGAAUAAGUAAUGCGGCGACGACAACACAAAGUGUAUGUCAUUGAUGAGUCAGCUCCAUGCGCCCACAUGCCACAUGAUGGGUAUAGUUCAAGCACGAGAACUUUGCUUAUUGAUAGGCUUUGGGCUUUGCCAACUAUUUCACUUAGGCUCUUUCUCUCUCUCUCUCUCUCUCUCUCUCUAUUUCUCUCUGUAUCCAACUGCUUUGCCCCCUCUCUCCUUUUCUGUCCUCUCCGUCUUUAAAACUCUGGUGGCCUGCCACAGUUUUAAACUUUAAUGGGCGGCUAUGAAAAAGCAGCCUUUUGCUGGACAUCAAACAAAAUGGAUUUUGAAGAAGGCAGAGGUCACCCUCAGGGGAGAAAUAGUGCUGUCUGUGUUGCAUUUCAAGAUACACAGUAUAAGUGCUACUUUUAAUUUAUUGCUAUUUCUAAUAAUAUUUUUUAGGUUGUAAUUUUGGUGUUAGGAUUAGGCCCUACAUGUUAGAAUGGUGUUUUCACCGGGAGGGUUGUUGAAGAGAAAUCUCCGGUCUCUAGUAACCUUAUGUUAUUACUUCCCAUUAUUUGUCAUUUACAACUUCUGUCAUCUUCAUGGUAGUAAAAUUCUGGGUAAGGGAUGAACAGUAUACUUGCCCCUACUAUGCACUAAUGGUUAAGCAUUCAAUGAGAACUGUGAUGAAGUUGAUUUCUUUUUAUUAUUAUUAUUAUUAUUUUACUACUUUCUCUUCUUUUAGUAUUUUGCAUUCUAUCUUCGUAUAUUUCCCCACAUAAUUGUUUCUAUAACGAGCUUUAGCAACUACUUCCAUUCAUCAUGUAGUUCUGAGUGGCAUUUGGAGAAGACUGGUGGUUGUGGCGUAGAAUGACAUUGUAAUUUUACAGCAAGCCAACCAGCUGAAUGCUGUGAUCACACUCCAUGCUCAAGCGUGGUAUUCUGUUUGUGAUGCCAUCUGUGUUUACUGUAUUGCUUUUAUCUUUAAUUUGUUUUUGUAUUAUUUCAGGUCGUUUACCUUUUAUAAAAUGUUGUGUAUCUGAUUUGCAGUCAUUCCUUGAUCCUCAUUUCUUGUAUGUACAUGUUGUAACCACUAGGGGUCAGCAUUUGUUUGCUAAAAGGUUCUCUCAGCAGUAGUGGAGAGGGGAGCAGACCUGAGCUUGCAUUGUUAUGUCACUUCUAACACUACAAUAACACAGACAUUCAUUCACAGACAUGUCAUUUUCAUAAAUCAGCAUUAUAAUGUGACAAUCAUGUGUUGUAGAUAAUUAACUGGAUAGCACGUUUUUACUGCAAUGUCUAUUCGAAUGUUAUAACAAUAAAAAAUAAUCUUACAUGC